AUGUAUACCCCGACGUUCGUUAUUCUCCUCGCCUCCCUUUUCCAUCUUACCACAUCUUUGACCAUCGAUAUCUUGCCUACGCCUACGCCUACCAAGAUGCCUGCUGUAAAGCCAGAGAUUGCCCAAAUCAUCCAGGACAAGAAGCUCAAGUACGCCCGUUACGCUGAUACCCAUCAAUGGGAGAAGUUCAAUGAGGUGGCGUGGCCGGACUGCACCUACAACUACAAGGACCAUGACGAGAUAAUCGUCGACCACGGAUUCACCUACUCGUGGAACUCGACGGCUGAGUUCACCGCUUUCUUCUCCAUGGCCUUCUCUACUCUGCAGACCUCGCACCACGUCGGACCCGGCGAGUUCACCUGGGUCAGCUGCGACCAGGUUGACGCCAUCUUCCCGAUUGUCUACUACUCCGGUCUCGCGAAGGGUGUCAACAGCACCCAGGGAGUGACGGGUGUUGGCGCCGGACACUACUUCAACAGCUACACCCGAAACGGCUCUGAUUGGCUCAUGUCCAGCUGCUCGUUCAACCGUAUCUACGAGCAGUAG